UGUUACGUCACACGUUCGCCAAAGUGUAAUGGCGGAAACCUCACGCAUCGAAUACAUGAGAUAAGAUUUUGUUUUUGAAACGCUUAAUUAAUCGGUUAUUUGAUUGUUUUUUACUGCUGAUCUAUAACACAAUUCAAAAAUGGCGUCCACCGCCGCAGGAAAGCAGAGAAUACCUAAAGUUGCAAAGGUCAAAAACAAAGCCCCAGCGGAGGUACAAAUCACAGCUGAGCAGCUCUUGAGAGAAGCAAAAGAGAGAGAACUUGAGCUUCUGCCACCGCCACCAAAGCAGAAGAUCACUGACGAAGAAGAGCUAAAUGAUUACAAGUUAAAGAAGCGGAAGGGGUUUGAGGACAACAUAAGGAAAAACCGAACUGUCAUAAGCAAUUGGAUCAAAUACGCACAAUGGGAAGAGAGUUUAAAAGAAGUCCAAAGGGCUCGGUCUAUCUACGAGCGUGCUCUGGAUGUAGAUCACCGAAACAUCACCCUUUGGCUGAAAUAUGCCGAGAUGGAGAUGAAGAAUCGCCAGGUGAACCAUUCACGCAACAUCUGGGACAGAGCCAUCACCAUAUUGCCUCGAGUCAACGCAUUCUGGUACAAGUACACGUAUAUGGAGGAGAUGCUGGGGAAUGUGGCUGGCUGCCGACAGGUGUUUGAGAGAUGGAUGGAGUGGGAACCAGAGGAGCAGGCGUGGCAUUCUUACAUCAACUUUGAACUGCGCUAUAAGGAAGUGGAAAAGGCCCGUCUCAUCUACGAGAAAUUUGUUAUUGUACAUCCAGAGGUCAAGAACUGGAUCAAGUAUGCACACUUUGAGGAGAAGCAUGGCUACAUUGCCCAUGGAAGGAAGGUGUUUGAGAGAGCUGUAGAGUUUUUUGGAGAGGAGUACGUCGACGAACAUCUCUAUGUGGCAUUUGCGAGAUUCGAGGAGAAGCAAAAGGAGUUUGAGCGAGUCAGAGUAGUUUACAAGUAUGCCUUGGACCGGAUCCCCAAGCAGAAAGCUCAGGAGCUCUUCAAGAACUACACUAUGUUUGAGAAGAAGUUUGGUGACAGGAGAGGAAUUGAGGAUGUCAUUGUCAGCAAAAGAAGGUUUCAGUAUGAGGAAGAAGUCAAGGCAAAUCCCCAUAAUUACGACGCCUGGUUCGACUACCUGCGGCUGGUGGAAAGUGACGCUGACCCAGACGGUGUGCGAGAGGUGUACGAGCGAGCGAUUGCCAACAUCCCACCCAUCCAGGAGAAGCGUCACUGGCGCCGGUACAUUUACCUGUGGAUCAACUACGCCCUCUAUGAGGAGCUGGAGGUCAAGGACCCUGAAAGAACAAGACAGGUGUACCAAGCAUGUUUGGAGCUCAUCCCUCACAAAAAGUUCACAUUUGCCAAGAUGUGGCUGCUAUAUGCUCAGUUUGAAAUUCGGCAGAAAAAUCUUCAGGGUGCAAGGCGAGGCUUGGGUACAGCCAUCGGUAAGAGCCCCAAAAACAAGCUGUUCAAGGGCUACAUCGAGCUGGAAUUGCAACUGAGAGAGUUUGACAGAUGCAGGAAGUUGUACGAGAAGUACCUGGAGUACAGCCCAGAGAACUGCACCACCUGGAUCAAGUUUGCGGAGCUGGAGACUAUUUUGGGAGACAUUGACCGAGCUCGAGGCAUUUUUGAGUUGGCCAUUGGGCAACCCCGUUUGGACAUGCCUGAGGUGUUGUGGAAGUCAUACAUUGACUUUGAAAUCGAGCAAGAGGAGUAUGACAAUACAAGAGAACUCUACAAAAGACUGCUGCAGCGUACUCAACAUGUCAAGGUCUGGGUCAGCUAUGCCCAGUUUGAGCUGUCCAUUGACAGCGUUGACCGCCUGCAGAAGUGCAGGCAGAUCUACGAGGAGGCCAACAAGGGCCUGCGCAGCUGCGAGGAGAAGGAGGAGCGCCUGAUGUUGCUGGAGUCCUGGAGGGACUUCGAGCAGGAGUUUGGCUCGCUCACCACACGGGAGAGGGUCAGAAAGCUGCUGCCCGAGAAGGUCAAGAGAAGGAGGAAGCUGACUGCCGAGGAUGGGUCGGACGCAGGCUGGGAGGAGUACUACGACUACAUCUUCCCAGAGGACACGGCGAACCAGCCCAAUCUCAAGCUUCUCGCCAUGGCUAAGAUGUGGAAGAAGAAGCAAGAGCAGGAGGAGGAGAAGGACGAGGAGGAGAUGGAAGAAGGACAGGAGUCGGGCGAAGACCAGGAGAAGGAGUCAGACGAAGACCAACAGGACAAGGAGACGGAAAAGGAUAAGGAGAUGGAGGAGAGUCCUCUGGCCGGACCUAGCAAGGGCCGGGGGUCGCCACCAGCAGAGCCCUCAGAGGAGAACGGGUAUGAUGAUCGAGAUGACGAGCAGGAGAGCAGCAGCGAGACAGACAGCAGCAGCGACAGUGAUCAAGACGAAAAGAAGAAAAAGGAGGAGAAAAAGAGAUCCGAUUCAGAGGACGACUAAUUCUUCAGCCCUUUUCCUUCACAAAACAUGGACUUUUGGGACCCUAUAUACUGCUGAAAUUCAUUUCUAAUAUGUUUUUACAAGAAAAUAAACAAAGAAACAAUGUG